GGGGGGGGUGAGGGGGGGUGAGGGGUGAGGGUGGGGCCGCCCCCGGAGUCCCGGUACCGCUCUCCGGGCGCAGAGGCUUCAGUUCCGCGUUGGUGACGGCGGAGAAGUGACUGUGAAGGUAACUGCAGGAGCCAUGGGGAAAGGUUGCAUUAAAGUCACCAAAUACUUCCUGUUUCUUUUCAAUCUUCUCUUCUUUAUCCUGGGAGCUGUGAUCCUCGGCUUCGGGCUGUGGAUCCUCCUGGAUGACACCAGCUUCAUUGCCGUCCUCAAAUCUUCCUCCUCGGCACUGAAGAUCGGCUCCUACAUCCUCCUGGCCGUUGGCUGUGUCACCAUGGUGAUGGGCUUCCUGGGCUGCCUGGGAGCCGUGAACGAGGUCAAAUGUCUGCUGGGAUUGUACUUCACUUGUCUGCUCCUGAUCCUGAUUGCUCAGGUCACGGCUGGAGUCCUGAUCUACAUUCAGAGACACGAGCUGAGAUCUGAAAUGUCUGAGAUUAUUCAUAAAAUGAUUGUCAAAUACAAUCCCGAUGAAAUCCAGGAGAAAAGCUUUGGGCAGACGUGGGAUUACAUUCAGAAGAAGCUGAAAUGCUGUGGCUGGAACGGGCCUUCAAACUGGACGGAGAACUUGGUCAUAAAGAACAGCUCCCUGACUCUCUACCCCUGCUCCUGUCAGGUCAAUGAGACCGUGACCAAUUCAGGCUUCUGUAAAGGAACAUACCCUGCGUGGCCUGUCAAUAAUAAGGGUUGCAUCACAUUUAUUGAAGAGUGGAUACAAAGCAACAUUGGCACUAUUUUCGGUGUGUGUAUUGGAGUUGCAGUGAUUGAGUUGCUGGGAAUGAUCCUGUCAAUGUGUCUUUGUAAGAAUGUGGAGCAAGAGGACUACAGUAAAGUUCCCAAGUACUGACACGCCCGCAUAGGCAGUGUGAUGCUUCAGUGACCAAUUCCAACCACAUGGAUUGUUUAAUUUUCAUAUUCUCUGUAUUGCUUGUAAUGUUGCUUUAUAUCCUUAAGCACUUUAAGUCUGAUUUUUGAUAAGACUGUGGACCUUGUAAAAAUGAUCUGCUCUUUUGUAGUUAGAGAACUUUUAGCAUGAUAUUUUUUGGAAGAAAUAAUUCAACAAAGACUGAAGAUUUUGUAUUGCAUGUGAUAGGCUGUGUUGUUCACAGAUCAUUAUGAAAACAGUGGACCUAGAUUGGUGGAAGACAUAUAUGGAGAAUAUUUCACUUCAUGGCUUUGUUGGGAUAUUGCAAUGCGCAAACUAGCUGCUGUUUUACUACAAACACGGUGGUACUACACUUUACGGUGAAAUUCUGUGAAGUGCUUUGGAACAUUUCGAUGAUUUGAUUAUCAAAUUGCAAGGAUUAUUAUGUGUUCUGCUGUGAGCAAUCAAUGUAACUAUCAAUGUUCUUCCUAGUGUAUCUGAAGGCUGCACAAGAUUGUUGUUUAUGCUGUGAGUUAUUCACAAUCACAGAAUGGUCAAUGUUCUUGUACAGCGUCAAUAAACCCUUUGUAAAGAAAAAA